GCAUGUGAAUAGCAAGAUUUAAAACUCCGCGAAUAUUCACCUUUGGAAAAUGGAGAAGAGCAGGAUAGGUUUAAGGUACGAGGAGAUAAAAAGGAUGUUGAAUUUACCCGAGUUCAAAGGAGUCCAGACAGCUGAAUUGAAAAAUCUGAAAUCUUUUGCACUAACUCUACCACCAUUGGAGUCAUGUCUCACGGAAUGCAACUUGGACAGCUUGGAGCAAAACCACGAAUAUGGAUGUGACAAAAAGAACACUGGAGGUCACGAAGGUGACUUCUCAGCUGCCAGUGGGGACCACAGCGUCAUCUCAGAAAAGCUCACAAGAGGAGAAGAACGCCAGGCUGAUGGGGGCUUCGGUUUAAACGAACCCGCUGCUCCCCAUUCUGAGCUCAUCGCAACUGUACCUGAUCUUUUGAGCGGAUACAAUGAGUACCUACGAGAGUUCCUCUAUGGAUCUAGCAACACGAGUGGCGUGCUAAGGACAACAGGGCAAGGCACUGUGUCUUUGAACUUUGGAAUGAUGCAAGUGGACGUGACCAUCAACGGUGCCAUCCGCGUCGUCAACCCAAAGACACAUAUUGCUAUGGCCGUCAGCGGUGAUUGCACAGCCACUGCCGUGAUGCAUCCCAUGGGCCGGCUUCACCACGAUGCUCAGACGGUCCUUCUAUUAGCCUGGGACUCGAAAAACCAUCAGCACAAACACGCCAGGUUUUUGCCAGACAAAUCUGCGUUCAAGACAAACGAUAUGAGCUUCUCGUACGUGAUGGAUUCUGCUGGCACUCGCACAUCCAUGAGCAAGCUCCCCACGAUUUCAAUGAACGACAUUUCUCUGCCUGUUUUCUACAACAACUCACCACAUGGCAAACAAUUCAAGGCCGCAGCGGAGGCGAUGGCCAAUUCCGCUAUUACGUACACCGACGGAAUGGGAUACAGUGUGUGGAAGAUGGGCAGAGUCAUCAUCAAGCACCGCAAUGGAGAGCUGAAAGUCUCAAGACCACCUUGGGUGCACCUGAGGACAUCAGCUUUGACUGGCUGCCUUGGAAUCUCCACCGAUGAAGUGCACUGCACAGCCACUCAGGGAGAGCAGUGCCACAUGUUUGCACGCUACGGAGUCAACAAGAUGCACACUGAUGGAUUGAAAUUCAAGAUCAAAACUGAGGGUCAGACCGCUGGAUUUGAUGAUGAAAACCGUAUCACUUUGUUCUAAAUGCCUAUUAUGCUGAAUGCAUGGGUAUUUAAUAUUGUACUAAUGGAAA